GUCACGGAUUCACGUUUGUCUCUGGUCUCUGGACACUCAUCCCUCGCGGUUUUUUUUUUUUUUGCAGCGUGGACGUGGAUUUACCCCCCGCCCACCCCCAACCCUCGGGGAGCUUUUUGUGGAGCUUUACCUUGGACUACACGGGACUGAUGCUGCGGGAACGUGGAAGCGCAUAGGCUCGAUUUCCCUCCACAAGGCCCGGGGAUCUGCAGCGGCACCGAGAGCGAGAGAGAGGUCUGGGAUUUACAAAGUCCGGAAGAGGAAGAUGGAGGAGCGGUACUUCUGGAGGGUUGUCCUUGUGCUGCAGAUGUUCACAGCAGUCAAGGCUCCACAAGGCCAAACCCAGGGCGCCGCUGAGUUCCUGCCUGAGUUCGGUCUCUCUUCUCUGGGCAGAUUCACGGAGGAUUCCCCUGAGGACCACAGCCUCACCUCCAGGCAAGACGACCAGGUUUCCAGGUUUCCUCGCUCAGAUGUGACAGAUCCAGACUCGUCCCAGGACAGCGGGUGGGACGCCUGGGGACCCUGGAGCGACUGUUCUCGUACCUGUGGGGGCGGAGCUUCGUACUCUCUGCGCCGGUGCCUGGACUCUGGAAACUGCGAUGGGAAAAACAUUCGCUACAAAACCUGCAGCAACACGGACUGCCCCCUGGAGGCUGGCGAUUUCCGCGCUCAGCAGUGUUCGGCCCAUAAUGACGUGAAGCUCCAGGGGGUAUCGCACGAGUGGAUCCCGGCGCCCUACGACCCCUCGGCCCCCUGUGCCCUCCGCUGCCAGGCCAAAGGUGGGACCCUCACUGUGGAGCUGGCCCCCAAAGUACUGGACGGGACCCGCUGCCGUGACAACGCUCUGGACAUGUGCAUCAACGGAGUGUGUCAGGAGGUGGGCUGUGACCAUCAGUUGGGGAGCAAAGUCAAAGAGGACAACUGUGGAGUGUGUGGAGGAGAUGGAACCACGUGCCGCCUGGUUCGAGGGCAGGUUUCACUACAUCUCACCCCCCCGAUCUCUCCACCUGUGAAGACUGUAGUGGAGGUGCCAGUGGGGAGUCGCUUUCUCAGAGUCAGCUCCAAAGGACCGGCCACAAUGAUUAUCGAGUGGGUGUCUGAGCGAGGAAGGAGAGAGGAGACAAGCCUAGUGUCCUCGAGCUCGUUCACUUUAGGAAACACAUCGCUGGACUUCCAAAAGGGGAUGGACCGCCAGACUCUGAAAUCCCACUCCCCCCUAGGCACAGAUUUCAUUAUUAAGAUGAAGUACGGUGGCCCAGUGGACACAGUGGUGCAGUUCCUGUUUUAUCAGCCAAUCCGAUUCCAGUGGAGAGAGACAGACUUCUUCCCCUGCUCCGUCACCUGUGGAGGAGGAUACCAGUUAAACUCCGCCGAGUGCAUAGACAUCCGAUCAAACCAGACCGUCCCGGAGCACCACUGCAACAGCUUCCCCGAAAACACCAAACCCACUCCCAGACUGAGGGAGUGCAGCCUGGAGCCCUGCCCGGAGAGCGACGGAUUCAAAGAGGUGAUGCCCUAUGAUCAUUUUCAGCCACUGCCUCGAUGGGAGACCGGUCCCUGGACGCGCUGCUCUGUGUCCUGUGGAGACUCGGGGGGGUGGCAGGACCGCAGCGUGCAGUGUGUGGAGGAGGACACCAGGGGGCAGCUGUCUCCGCUUGAGGACUGGAGGUGUGGCCACUCGCCUCGACCGAUCACGCGACAGAUCUGCAACACCUUCGCCUGUCCACAGUGGGUCGCUAUGGAGUGGUCCCAGUGCACGGUGACUUGCGGUCGAGGCCUGCGCUAUCGUGUAGUUCUCUGUAUUGACCACCAGGGGCAGCACAUCGGAGGCUGUAAUUCUUCAGUUAAACCUCAUGUAAAAGAAGACUGCCUGGUGCCCAUCGCCUGCCACAAGCCUAAAGAGUCUGCCCCUGUUGAAGACAAGGAGCCGUGGUCAAAACAAGCUCAAGGUUUAGAAGAGCACCACAUGGCCACAGAGGAACCCACAUUUGUCCCUGGGCCGUGGUCUCCCUGCAGCACCUCCUGUGGUCCGGGAGUACAGACGCGAGAGCUGAAGUGUCAGGUGUUUCUGUCCUUCACUAAAACAGAGGUGGACCUUCCAGAGGAGGAGUGCGGAGGAGAGCGCCCCCAGAGGCAGAGGCCGUGCAGCUCAGGCCCCUGUGGAGACUCCAAGACAGGCGCCGCUCUGGGAUCGCUUUCCUUCAGGACCGAGCUCUACAGCUGGGACUACAGAGGCUUCACUGACUGCUCCGCCUCCUGUGCUACUGGUAAACAGACAGCUGUAGUGAAGUGUGUGGAGCGCAGCCUGAGCACUGAGGUGAACGACUCUCUGUGUGAAGAGUCCAGUAAACCUCCAACAAUGAUCCGCAUCUGUAACCCUCAGCCCUGUCCCCCCAGAUGGGAGGUGAGUGAGUGGACCGCCUGCUCCUCGUCCUGCGGGGUGGGCAUACAGACUCGGAGUGUGUUCUGUAUGAAGCUGAUGUCUGUGGACCUGCGGGACGUCCUGACUGUCUCUGAGGACCAGUGUAGAGACAUGAAGCCCCCCGUGCUCCAGCCCUGCAACCAGCUCGACUGCCCCCCCUCCUGGGACACUGGGCCCUGGCAGGAGUGCUCCCAGUCGUGUGGAGGAGGAGUGCAGUUUCGAAAGGUCUUCUGUAAACAGCUGCUGUCCACUGGGGCCUACAGGACGGUGAGGGAGUGUGGAGCAGAGGCACCCACCAGCACCCGCUCCUGCGCCGACACAGACUGUGCACCCCACAUCAGCGGAGGGGACUGGAGCAAGUGCUCGGUGUCGUGUGGUUUGGGGGUCCAGCGCAGAGAGCCUCAGUGUCAGCAGCUCACCGCCUCUGCCCAGCUCCUCACCCUGCCCUGGGACAGGUGCUCCGGUCUGUCCUCCCCGCCGCUCAUACGCACCUGCCGCAUGAUGGCCUGCCCCAAGCCAAAGAAAGCGAUGCAACCCCUGACCCCUCUGAGCUAUCCAAUCAGAAACCAGCAGAAGCAAGUCAGACGCCCUCCCAGCUCCUACGAAGAUGGGGUCAAACGGUGCCCAUUCCUCCAGAGUCGUCACGCCAUCUACAUCCAAACCCAAAAGGUGAACCGCCUGCAGCUCGUCAUCGGGGGCCACGCUUACCUCCUGCCUCGCACCUCCCUGAUCAUCCGCUGUCCCGUCAAGAGGUUCCCCAAAACCUCUAUUGUCUGGCACAAAGACAGGAAGCGCAUUAACAGCACCAGAGGGAUGAGUUUCACCAAAUCUGGAGGCUUGAAGAUCCAGUAUCUCGGGCCGAAGCAUGUGGGCGUGUACAAAUGCUUCACAGGCCCCGCCUCCAAUAUAUUUACUCUGCAGCUGAUUGGUCCAGACAGCAGGACAAAUGUAAAAGCCCCUUCGCUCCCUCCAAACACCCCGCCUCUGACUUGGGAGGACUUCAUGCCGAGCUGUAUGACUCACUCGUCUAUGCCUCUGUCCUGGGCUCCUAUCCCGGUGGUUCUGCUGCCCUCUGGAGUCCAGGAGGUGUCACUGCAGCCACAGGUGAAGGAGAGACUGAUCAACAUCACACUACAGGCCGACCUCAGCAAACUACCACCAACAAGACAAUAUGAAGCUGUGAGGCAAGCUUCAGAGCUCAUCGCCUCAAUGCUCACAGACAUGGCGCCCUCUCAGGUCUGGAGGAGAACUGCAGAGAAAGGACAAGCAGAUGAGUCUUUGUCAAACUGGUCUGAGGCGACUCCAGUGGAGGUGGUUCCAGGUAAACCAGUGAUCGAGCGACAGCAGCAGCGAUCUCCCUGGGCUCUGCAGAAGAACUUAAACAUCUCCAUCGGACAGAACGGGCUCCUCACAAACACCACCCGUUCCGUCACGCUCCUGUGUCCUGCUCAGGGGGUCCCAAAACCCAAGAUCGUCUGGAGUAAAGAUGGAAACCUGCUCCAGAGAAACAGCAGAGUUUGGUGGGACAGUGACGGCCUCCACAUCGUCCAGCUGAGAACCUCAGACCAGGGGCAAUACAAAUGCAUCUGCAGCAACAUCCACGGGUCAGACUCAGAGACCUCUACACUCAGGGUGGCAGUACCUCCAGCCAUCUCUGUGUCCUGGAGGAACGCCACAGACCACGGAGUCGUGCUGGGACAGAGCAUCAGAGCCACUGUGGGCGCUACCGUCAGUGUCCAGCAGGGGGCCAACCUCACCCUGGACUGCCCCACUUCUGGCUUCCCCCGGCCCACAGUGACCUGGUUGAGGAGAGGCCGCCCUCUGCCCCCCGGAGCGGUGCCCCUCUCCUCUGGUUCUCUCUGGAUCAGAAACGUGUCUCUGUCAGAUCUGGGCACAUACUGCUGCCUCGCCAACAACUCCAUCGGGAAAUCCAUCGCCUCCACUGUCCUGCACGUGGACCCACAGAAACCAGGAUCCGCCACCUACUUGUUUUCAUGA